AUGUCGGUUCUCUUCACCAGCAUAUCAGAAAACAACCCUGUAAAGUCAGGGGAUGCUGAGGCACUUGUAAAACCUCUAGGUCUUACAAUUGACCCAUCCGAGUCUGAUGAUUUCCAAACGCUCCUGGCAGCAGUUCAUGAUUGCGCCGAGGGUGUUGCUGCUCUACCAGACUACCAACCACAGACUGACCAGGUCAAAUAUCCACGUGAGAAUAUACGUCGACCAAGUAAGGAAGAACAGGUAUUGGGAGAAGCCUGGGCGCAUCGAUUUCUCAUUCGUGGAAAUGAAGAUGGCCCAUUGGCUGGCAAGUCAGUCAGUCUUAAAGACGUUAUUACAGUAGCUGGAGUACCACAAUUGAUGGGCAGUGAUAUCAUUCCAUCAUGGACACCCACAACAGACGCUACUGUUGUGACGAGGCUUCUGGAAGCCGGCGCCGAUAUCCAUGGGACAUCAACCUGUGAAAAUCUUUGCCAUUCAACCUCCUCAUAUACCAGUGCUCAGGGAGUGGUUGAAAAUCCCCACGCUACUGGAUACUCGGCUGGAGGGAGCACUUCUGGAGGCGCAGCCUUAGUUGCGGCUGGGUUAGUAGACAUCACUAUUGGAGGUGACCAAGGUGGAAGUAUCCGUGUUCCUGCCUCACUAUGUGGAUGUGUGGGAUUAAAGCCAACUCAUGGACGUGUUCCUUUUACAGGAGUCGCCAGUGGCGAUGCCAUGAACGAUCAUGUAGGCCCCUUGGCUCGUACAAUUAUGGAUGUUGCCAGAUGUCUCGAUGCUAUCAGUGGAUAUGACGGUAUCGAUGACAGAUCAUUGGGAAGCCCAAAGCACGGCUCAACCAAAUUUGCAAACGCACUUCAAGAACUCCCACAAAGACUGGACGGUCUGCGGAUUGGAGUCCUGAAAGAGGGCUUUGAGCACGAUGCUGUAGCGUCUACUGUUCGGCAUUCCGUGUCAAUCGCCGUUAAGAAAUUUGAGGAUUUAGGUGCAACCGUGGAAGAAAUAUCCCUUCCUGAUCAUUUACAUGGGCCGGCCAUCUGGACCAUCCAACAGCGAAUAGCUGGUGCACAAACACUGCUUGGUCAAAAUACUGGUCGCAGGGGUCUAUAUAUGACUGAAAUGGAGCGUGCGAGGUUACCUUGGAAUGAUGAAGGCUUUCAACGAGCAUUCCCGUCAACUAAGAAUGUGAUCAUCAACGGACUGUAUCUUAUGAAUAGGUUCCCCGAACUAUAUGGCAAGACUGCCAAUAUUGGGCGACAGAUCAGUGAUAAGUACCAGUCUUUAUUCGAAAAAUAUGAUGCGAUCGUGAUGCCCACAACUCCAGUUGUUGCCCCCAAACAUGGAAAACGAGGCCUUCCGGUGGAGUCGCUUCAGCCCAGUAUGGGGUUGACGAUCAAUACUGCUAUCUUCAACGUGACUGGCCAUCCAGCACUCUCCAUUCCAGUUGGAUUGGCACCUGCCAAAGACGACGAAAAUACCAUGCUACCUGUGGGUAUGCAGAUUGUUGGUGGUUUAUGGCAAGAAGAGAAGAUUUUGCGCGUUGGACACGUGUGGGAGACGCAUUAUGAGUGGGAAAAGAUGCAUUUUACCACUGACAAGAACUAG